AUGUCAUUACGAUCUCAGUCUUUACUUACAGAUGAAGAGAAAACUCCAAAGUUCUGGAAUGAUAAAAUGGCUUCUGAGAUUAAGAAAGCUGAAAAAUUGAAACCAGUUAACCACAGGGCCAGGAAUUUAAUUCUCUUCCUGGGAGAUGGCAUGGGGAUUCCCACAGUUACAGCAACACGAAUAUUAAGUGGUCAGCUUGAAGGGAAGCUGGGGGAAGAGAAUGAACUGACAAUGGAUACUUUUCCUUACGUCGGCUUAUCCAAGACAUAUAAUGUAGAUCGCCAGGUUCCUGACAGUGCAGGCACAGCAACAGCCUACCUAUGUGGAGUGAAGGGGAACUAUGGAACCAUUGGAUUAACUGCUGUUGCUAAAAGAUCUGACUGUAGCACUCAAGCUGGUAAUGAGGUUGAGUCAGUACUCAAGAAAGCAAAAGCAGCAGGGAAGUCUGUGGGUAUUGUAACUACAACACGGAUCCAACAUGCCUCUCCUUCUGGAAAUUAUGCUCACAUCGCUGAUCGGGACUGGUAUUCUGAUGCCAACAUGCCUCAGAAUGCGCUGGAUUUAGGGUGCUCCGAUAUUGCUCUUCAGUUGAUUUCUAAUGUUGACAUAGAUGUGAUUUUAGGAGGUGGGCGAAAAUACAUGACUCCAAAGGGAACCAAAGAUCCUGAAUACCCAAGUAAUUCUACACAGAAUGGGCUUAGAAAAGAUGGAAGGAACCUCAUAAAUGAAUGGCUCAGCAAAUAUGAGGGCGCUCAGUAUGUGUGGAAUAAAGAGCAGCUGAAUCGGAUUAAUGAGACCAAUGCUACUUAUAUAAUGGGUAUUUUUGAACCAGGGGAUAUGAAAUACGAGUUAAACCGUAAUGAUUCCUCUGACCCUUCUAUCGUGGAGUUGACGGAAAAAGCCAUUCGGAUCCUGGGAAGAAAUCCUAAUGGAUUCUACCUCUUUGUGGAAGGUGGUAGAAUAGAUCAUGGACACCAUGAUGGAUUGGCCAAAAUGGCGCUAAUGGAAGGAGUCAUGUUUGAUCGAGCGAUAAAAAGGGCUGGAGAGCUGACAGAUGAAGAAGAAACAUUGACUGUGGUCACUGCUGACCAUUCCCAUGUUUUCAGUUUUGGUGGCUACACUUACAGGGGCAGCAGCAUCUUUGGUCUAGCUCCCAAAAAAGCCAUUGAUAACAAGUCUUACACAUCCAUCUUGUAUGGUAAUGGCCCAGGAUUUUCUAUUACACCAGAAGGACGUCCCGAUGUUAAUAAUACUAUAAGUGAGGACAAGAACUAUAUGCAACAGGCUGCAGUACCGCUGGGUUCAGAGACUCAUGGAGGGGAGGAUGUUGCAAUAUUUGCCAAAGGUCCCAUGGCUCAUCUUUUCCAUAGUGUGCAUGAAGAAACUUAUGUAGCACACGUCAUGGCAUAUGCAGCAUGUUUGCCACCAUAUACUGAGUGCCCACCAGAACGACCAAAGAGUAAAGUGUCCUAUAUCACUAAUAAGCCUAGCCUUCUCCUGAUGUCUGCCAUGUGGCUGUUAUUAUCUCCUAUGGUUAACCUAAUUCUGUGUAUUUAUUCCCAGGUCCUGUACAAUGUGCAUUCACAAUCUUGUUAUGUAAAUGUUCACGUGUUAUAUGCCUGGUUCACCCGCAGGUAG